AAGGCCCAAAAUCCCGCUUGCAUCCCACCAGUUCAUUCAAAAGAAAAAGAAAAGAAAAAACUCGUUCGCAGUUGGCAAAGCCUUCCCUUCUUCCGGAAGCCUCCCUGCUGCCACUGCGAGCGCCAGAGCGAGAGGGGCCGCCCAUGGCCGCGCCGUUCGUCUACACCCGCAGCUCCGGCGGCGGCACCAGUCAGGACGCGGCCAUGCGGGCGGCGUUCGACGGCGACCUCCGGCGCCUCAGAGGUACUGUAAAGAGUCUCGACGACCCAAGGGCGGUCUUCUCUUACGACAUGGGUGGUGGCAUUGGUGUGCUGCACAUCGCAGCCGUCGGAGGGCAUCUUGAGGUUUGCAAAUACUUGGUGGAGGAACUCGGGGGAGAUGUGAAUGCUCCUGCUCCUGGAGUAGGAGACUUUGCAGGUGUGACACCCUUUAUGUCAUCUGCUCAGUCUGGCGAUGUUUCUACUGUGAAGUAUUUGCUUGAUCAUGGCGGUGAUCUAACAAAGUCAGAUGCUAAAGGACGCACAGUUCUCCACCAUGCGGCAUGCAUAGGAAGCUGUACGGUCACCGAGUUCCUACUUUCAAAAGGAGUAGCUGUUGACAUAGACUGUGGCCAUGGUACACCACUCCAUCAAGCUGCUACUAAUGAACAAGAUAAAACAGUAAAGAUUUUGUUGGAACACCAUGCAGAUCCUAACGCCACUGUCAUCGGGAUUGGUACUGCCCUGAUGGGUGCCCUUCUUUACCGUUCUUUGAAGUGCAUGAAGCUGCUGAUCAAGGGUGGCGCUGAUGUCAAUCGAGGGGGCUCCCUUCCGAUGACUCCCUUAGUGUUCACUACAGGGUGGGGAGGCUAUACAAACUUUGUGAAGUUUCUGUUAAAGGCAGGAGUGGAUCCUAAUAUUCCUGAUGCUUAUGGUAACUUACCAAUAGAGCUUGCUGCUAAACGUGACUGCAUGGAAGAAGUUGAAAUGUUGUUUCCUUUGACUUCCCCAAUACCAACUAUCCCAAACUGGAGUAUAGAUGGAAUCAUCUCGCAUGCAAAAUUUGAAAGUUCAAAGCCACUGGAUGGAAGGCAGCUUGAACAAACAAAAGCUACGCUCAAGGCACAUGCAGAUCAUUUAUUCAGGCUGAAGGACUACAAGGUGGCAUCAAAAGCAUAUGGUGUGGCAAUAGCUGUCGCGCCGAGUGCAACAUUGUACGCGAACAGGAGUCUUUGCAAACUGCUGUUGGAUGAUGGUGAAGGUGCUCUGUCAGAUGCUCUCAGAUGCAGAAUGCUGCGACCUAACUGGGUGAAAGCUUGCUACCGUCAGGCUGCAGCUCACAUGCUACUCAAGGAGUAUAAACAAGCUUGUGAUGCUCUCCUGGACGCUCAAAAGUUGGAUCCUGGAAACGUAGAGGUCGAGAGAGAGCUACGGAAGGCCAGGGAAUUAAUGAAAGCUCAUGGUGAGGCUGACAAGUGAAGCAUGCUUUGUUAGGGAAAUGCUCUUUUGGCUUGGAUUAGAGUAGUUGAUCAACUGAAUGUGAUGGUACUCAUGUGACCAGAAGGCUGGUGGUACCCAACUUAAAGUCUAACUCUAGAGUCGUUGAAUUUCUAGAGUUCUUACUACUGCUACUUGUUGAUUGCAUGCUGAGAGGAUUUGGUGUGAAAAUGUGCUGUACCUAACUUAAAAUCUAACCCAAUUUGAAUAUUUGCUGAUUUUUCGGA